GCUGCUGGGAGCGCGGCGGGCGGCGGGCGGCGCCGGGAGCCCCGCGGCCAUGUCCUCCCAGUCUCACUGGUUGACGACAGAGGAAAGGAAUCAAGUUUUACUGGAUCUCAAAGCUUCAGGCUGGUCUGAGCUGGGAGAAAGAGAUGCCAUCUACAAGGAGUUCAAUUUCAAAAAUUUUAAUCAGGCCUUUGGAUUUAUGACACGUGUUGCUCUCCAGGCAGAGAAGAUGAACCACCACCCAGAAUGGUUUAAUGUCUACAGCAAGGUUCAGAUAACUCUGAUUUCCCAUGACUGUGGUGGGCUGACCAAGAGAGACGUGAAGCUGGCUCAGUUUAUUGACAAAGCUGCUGCCUCAGUUUAACCAGGAUAUAAAUAGCUUUAAUACAGUGUCCACUGAUAUUUUGUUUUUAAAUGAUAUCUCUUUUUCCUUGUAAUCCUGAUUUCCAAAACCUGUAGAGCGAAGAUAUUUUGUAAAAGGAGUGGCUGAGCUUUUCUGACCUUCAGUACCUUAAUCAUGAGACCCCUUUGGCUGCCUGUGCUUGUCCUUUCCCAUUGCUGGUUCUGCAGGAGGAUGCAGUGGAUAAACCAGCAAUAAAUAAGUUUUGAGCAAUCCUUUUUUAGACACUAAACUGUGCUGGAAUGAAACCAGGAGCCCACCCAUGUGUGUUGAUGUUCCCCAAGCUCACAGGGACUGGUCCAGCUGCCAUAUAAGUUUCCCCCAUGCCUGGCCACUUCCCUCCUAUGGUUUUGUACAUCUCUGCACCUCAAACAGUGUAAGAGCAGCCUGGCCAGGUCAGUCCCCUCUGCCUUGGCACCAUCAUCUCUGCCAGUGACCAGUGACAAGUGCAAGGAUGCUGGGGAGAGCAGUGCAAGCUGCUGCUGCUGUGUCCUUGGAGUUGCAGCUCAACUGGCAGAAACAGCUACAUCCAGAGCUGCUGCUUGAGAGCCUUUCCCCGUCUGAGAGUACAGAAUCACAUAACCACAGACUGGUUUGGGUUGGAAGGAGCCUUAAAGGUCAUCUCAUUUCACCCCCCUGCUGUGGGCAGGGUCACCUUCCACUAGACCAGUUUGCUCCAAGCCUCAUCCAGGCUGCCGUGGACACUCCCAGGUGCAGGAGUUGCUGAAAUCUUUAGUGCCGCUACCGCAAACACGAAAUGUCCUGGUGAGCUCCCACAGCAUUGAAUGAAGCCUGUGCUGGAGUGCUUGGCCAGGCCAGUGCUCAGCUCCCUGCAGAUUGAGCCACUGCUGGUGGUGUAAUGCUCCAGUACCUGCUGGACCAGGCUGGGGGUGGCCUGGCCCAGUGCCCGAGCCCUGGCCAGGGCUGCCGGCGGCGGAGGAAGUGGCAUUAGCAGCAUUCUUGCUAAGCUGGGCUUCACUGAAGCUAUGCUCACCCACUUUUUUUUUUUUCAUAGCUAGAAUUACUCGUUGCACACAUUGUUGCAGAUCCCGCUGACAACGUUUGAAAUAGUUCCUCCCAUAGUUUGAAUUGUUUUUAUCCUAUGAUCCUCCCCUAGACAGAUUUCCAGCGCCAGCAGGGAGAUUUCAUCCUGCUCAGAGCUUGCAGGAGGGGCCUCUCCCCCUGCAGUGCCGCUGCCGGGUGUCCCCAGCGUGCUCUGUCAUGCCCUGCCAGCAGCUCUGCCGGGAGAUUGACACCUCCCAAAUGCCCGAGAGCAUUGCUCAGAUGACACUCACAGCCACCAGCUACCGAGAAGGGGGACGGAUGUACGGCUGCCAGAAUCUAUAUCGGGGCGAGGUGUGUGGUCUCUCGGGUAUUUUGGGAUGCAGAAUGCCAUGAGCUUGCCACCCAAGUGAUUGAGUCGAUAAAAUAAGAUGUUAUUUGUGAAUCCUCAGCAAACACGCCGUCACGUGCUAAUUGGUCACACACACAGGAAGCAAGAUGUUGGGGUUUGUUGUCAGUAACCCUGCUUGGGAUAUCAAGUUAAUACCUAAAAAGACCCAAAUUCAGACAACGUGCUCAGCUGUUCUUUUCUCACAAGUGCCUUUCCCCAGUGAAGUGCAGCAUUUCCCUGAUAUGGUUUGAAAAUGGUCACUGCUGUGAAGAGUGAAUAAAACUAAAACAAACAAUCAGGCUGUGAUGUCUCCUGUUAGUGGUGGGGAAGUGAAAUGAGCUUCACCCAAAGUUUUGACAACAUCUCUAAUGAAGUCUCUAAAGUCAGUUGUUCAGAAUUUAUGUAUAACGCGUGGGCUUUGAGUAAAACCAAUAAAAUCAAAUUCCUCCUUUGUAA